AUGAUUGCAAACAUUCUGAACCGCCCAGAAUUCCGAGCCUUUCGCCAAAGAUGGGCUACCGACCUACGUCAGAUAGCACUAUCACCCCUCACAAUGCUCGUUUGGAUAGCCUAUACAUCUUUAAACUUCGUGAGGUGGAGAAUCACGAAGUCGCAACAAAGGCCGCUUAUACGGGUUGUCUGUGUUUCUGACACGCACUCCCAGCGCUGCGACAUACCAGAUGGCGACAUUCUAAUCCAUGCGGGGGACCUGAGCCAGCAUGGGAGCGCCCUGGAGAUCCAGGAAACAGUUGACUGGCUGAAAUCACUGCCCCACCAGUACAAGGUGGUGAUAUCAGGCAAUAGCGAUCUGUUUUUUGAUGUUAGUUCUCGAUUAGCGGAAGAUAGGCUGGCCACAACAUCAUCAGUCGACAUUGAAAGCAAAAGUGCCGCACAACAUGGCCGUGGUAUCUCAAUUGACUGGGGCGACAUCCAUCAUCUACAGCAAACUUCAGCAUCUCUGCCUUUUUCGGGCACAUCUGGUGUACUGCGCCAGAUCCGUGUCUAUGGGGCACCACAGAUCCCUGUUUGUGGCGGCCCAGACAAUGCCUUUCAAUACCCUGUAGAUCAAAAUCCAUGGGCUCACACCAUCCCAGCAUCUACGGAUAUCUUGAUCACACAUACACCAGCCAAGUUCCACGGAGACUGGUACCAUGGAUCUCCCGAAGGCUGCCCAUUUUUGCUGGAGGAGUUGUGGAAAGUUCGCCCUCUACUACAUGUAUUCGGCCAUGUGCAUACCUCUUAUGGGGUCGAGAGAGUGCACUGGGAUGACGCUCAGUGGUGGUUGGAGAACUACUAUCGGGAUGUUUCACACUCUAUUCAAAAUCAGGGAAUGUUUGCACUUCCAGACUUCUUCCGUCCAGUGCUGUGGCUUGACGCUGUCAUGAUUUUGUUAUCUGGUACGGCGACUCUUAUAAGGGACUUGGUUAGUCUACCUCGCCGAGAAAAACGAUCUACAUUGAUGGUCAAUGCUGCUUCCAUGAGUGAAGACGGCUCACGGCUGGUGAAUGAGCCGGUUGUUGUGUAUAUAUAG